AUGGCACGUUUCACAAGUAAAUCUUCGAGUACCGUGAGAGCAAAAGGGUAUCUAGUGUUUGAAAAGGAAGGCAUUCUUAACGUUUGCGUUCUUCCUUUACAGGCCGAGGCCCUGGAGGAGGCCACCAAGAACGUUGUUCAGGACGUUAGCGAGACCACCCUGGGUGAGGCCACCGAGGAUCUGGGUAAGGCCACCAGCGUUGAUACCGUUGAGAAGGCCAGUAAGCUGGUUCAGGUUGAGGCUGCCAUCCUGGGCACCGCUAAGGAUGGAGCUAGCAAGGUCGUUGACGGUGGCAAGAGCGCCGGAGUCACGGCCGAGGAGACCACCACCAAGGAUACCACCGAGAACGUUGUUCAGGACGUGAGUGAGGCCACCCUGGGUGAGACCACCGAGGAUCUGAGUAAGACCACCAGC